AUAAUAAUGUUGUUUCUUCUUUCCGUUUACAUAUGUAUGUACAAAUGGAUGGAUGGCUAUUCUGGCAGAGGAAUUUCCUAUGACUUUUAGUCCACUUUUCUAUUCAUCUGCCGUCGCAGGCCUGUUACUUGGCUCAGUUUAGCUUUAGCCUUUGCAGUUAUUAGACUGUCCACAUAUAAUAAAAUAUAGUGCAUAUUACGUACAAUUUCGCAUGUUACAUUGAAGAAGCAAAUGUAACAUGGUGUUUGAUUUUACAUGCUACAUACACAUUUUUUGCAGGAUUUGCACAGCGAAUCGACUUCCGUGUUGUCAAAAUAUUCGCAGAUCUUCGCAGUUUAUCGGGUCGUGUGUACAUGCUUUAUUGAAGGAGAGAGAGAGAAUUUUUGCGUACAAUAGUCCACUGCUAAUACUUUAAAAACUGGAGUUGGAACAUUAUCUUCUCCAUUGGAAGUGGAAACCAACGAGCUCGAACAGGAUUGAUUUUUUACCUUUUUAGACGUAAUUACCAAGUAAAUCAAAUCAAAAGUUUUAAAGAGCUUUUGUAUUUGUAAAUCUACAAACAUGACCAUGUCGGCUGAAAUGAAAUUCCAACCACAUCCUCUUCUAAUGGACCAUGUGGUGGAGAAUAUUCUUCUGUCAAUGGACUCUGAUUUGUUGGGGCACUAUUGCAAAAUAUUCCGUCUAGUUUGCAAAGAUUGGACGAGAAUUGCGACCAGAGUUUACAAAGCAAAACGAGGUAGAAUAGUUUUUAAGCGGAAUUUCAUUGGAAAAGUCUCUGGCCUUUUUAUCCGAGUGAUGAAAACAAGUUCCAAUAUCCCAUUCCAAAACUUCAAAUUUUGCUCGGACUCGUAUGAUGAUGAAUACUUUACUGAACUCUUGCACGUCUGUGGGGGGUCAAUUUCCGUUCUCGACCUUAACAUCGUGAACCCAUGCAAUCUCAAAUUUCCAAAGGAAUUUCCCGACCUGGUGCUGGGUCGUUUGCGAAAACUCAUCUUCCACGUGAGACUCGACUGCUUUGAAGUCGUGCAAACUGAAAUGGCGUCCCUUUUGGAAACAUUAUUCAGGAUAUCUCCGAAAUUAGAAAUCCUUGACCUUAAAGUCCUCCGCGGUGUGUCUCGUACAGUACGAAAUACGCAAAUGAGUCUGACCGCUCUUACGAAGUUUGGCGAAGUUUUAUCCACCCAGCUGCCCGACGGGGUGCGAGAUCUCAAGUUGCACAUUACCAUAAAUGACUCCCAGUUGAGAGAGCUUAACAAAAGAAGGCUGAACCUGCGACGGUUGGACGUUUACUUUCAGCAAUCCGAACUAUCUACAGAGGCUUUACAAGAAUUUUUUGAAAAAUGUGGACCUCGACUGAUUAACUGUAAAGUGCUGGGUAAUCAAUUUAUCACGCAGAAGGUUCAAUUUCCAGUAUUUCCCUGUCUCGAGUAUUUAUCUGCGCUUGGACGUGCACCAAAGUAUUUGGAAUAUGCAAAAUUAUUCCCAUCCCUGCAAAGAUUAGAAAUUUGUCUUUGGGACAGUUUCGACGAUAUAUUUCCACCAAAUUGCUACUCAACUACGUUGCAGCAUAUCAUAUUUCCAUACCAAGUCGGAUCCCCUGCAAUUUUUCAACGGAUGGGAAACUGCUUUCCGAAUUUGAGGAAACUGACGCAAGUAGUUGUAACCUCGUCGGAAGCACUAGUUUCGAUUUUCAAGUCUCUUAAAACCCUGCAAAUGCUAGACAUUUGUUUUGGGUACGAUUUCCAAACGUCGGUCUCCCUUGAUACACUUUUCACAGGGAUUAGCGAUUGUUCCGUCCUCGUCAAGUAUAGCGAAGAACAAGUCCAGGCAGAGAUUGGGCGAUAUAAUGUCGACUCCAUCCGUAAUUUAAAAGAACUUCGAUACCUCAGCAUUAUGGCUGCACCGUUGACAAUGCCAUCAACCGCAAGAAUCACUGAUAUCAGCGUGUAUUACGGGUUACUCCAGAUGAAAAAUCUGUCCAUAGUUAAAUUGGAUUACUUUCCGAUUUCUAUUCCUUGUCUGGAAGUACUUCGAAAAAGGGUCAAUUUGCAGCGACCAGUUUAGAAUAAGAAACUACAUAAAUUAUUAAUCAUUAGUAAUAUGUGAUUGUACAUAUCGAUCGACUGAGAUAUUCAUGACGAGCUUUCACCUCACAUUUCGUUUCGUUUGUUUUUCAAUAGUUGAAAUUUUUGUAUUUAUUAUUUUAUAAUCAAUUUUUAUAACAUUUGUUGUAAAAGUAAAUGUACGUGUAAUUUUCACGA